AUGCGUGAUAGACAGCAAGUCUUAGUGGAGUAUCGAUCGGUCUACUACUAUUAUUUCUGCAAACUGAAGACAAAGAUCGAGUGCUUUCCCCCCUUUCAUCCCAUCCUUUACACCUAUACAUAUAUUGUCCUAGUCCAAGGCUCGUUCCAGACACCGUUGGUCUACAAUGAGCUUUUGACUCAUCUUCGGGACCUCGGACAUCCCGUCGUUCUUCCGCCCCUUCCAAGCUGUUCUGAUGUGGAACACUAUGACUUCCCCACCCGCACACUGGCAGAUGAUGCAUUAGCCAUUACCAAGGUUGUCGAACAGUUGGUUGAGGAUGGGAAGACUGUGGUACUUGUCAUGCAUUCCUACGGCGGCAUCGUCGGCAGUGAAGCGAUCCCCUAG